AUUUUAUAGGAUUUUAUUAAAUGAUUGAUUCUGUGGAAUUUUGGAGUGCUUGCUAUAAAUACCAAACCCUAUCAGAAAUCCACUCUCUAGAGGUGAGAUUUUGACAUCUUUAAUUUUUUUUCCUCCUCAUUCUGAAGACGAACUGACCUUGACUUAAUUCUUACUUCGAACUGACCUCAAUCUUUCGUUAUUCUCUACUAGCCAGGUAAUUUCUCAUUCUUUGUUUUGGUAUUUGGGGUUGGAAACUAGCACUGACCAUCUGGGUCGGUGCUGUACGUGCUUGGACUGGCGCAUAUAGUUUGACACAAACACAGUACUUAUAUCAAUUUCUAUGUACUGGGAAAAAGCAAUAGGAUUGGUUCAUAGUUUCAAUUUCUAUGUACUGGGCAAGAGCAAUAUGAUUGGUUCAUAGUUUUCAAUUUCUAUGUCCCUGGCAAGAGCAAUACAAACCGGGCUUCUUCUCAACUACUUAUGGAACCAUACACGAGAGACCCUCUAUACACUAUUUACGAAAGCGUGAGAGAUCUCAGGGAACAUUGUGAAACAUGUUCUGCAAUUUUUCUUUCACCCAUCAAUUUAAGAAGACAUAAUAUAGUGAAACAUGCACAGCGUCGGAAGCCAAUUAAUUCUACUAACCCUAAGGAAAAACUACAAGCAUUUUGGAAUGCGCUCUCGGUUGAACAACAAAAAGAAGUUCUUUUUGUCAAAGGUGAUGCUAUUCUAGCUCAAGUCAAAGUUCCAGAUUCUUCAGUAAAGAAGGAUUUGGAAGUACUGAAGGAUUUGGAAGAAUUUGCUCAGAUAUAUGCACAUUUAAUCAAGUGUACCUCACAACUCAAAACUCGUCUUGCUAGCAAGUUUCAACAUGAAGACCCUUAUCUUACUCGGGAGAGUAAUUAUUUCACAGCUGCUUCUGCCCUCUUGGAAAUUGUCGAAGCUAAAUCUUCUAGGUUUCCCAUAACUGUUGAAGAUUUGUUUUCUAUUUUAGAUAAAGCAAGUGAAGGAACAUUUCUGUUGGGUGAAUUUUCAUCAGUGAAGCAGUCUAUGUUUGAGGAGAACAAAGAUGAUAUUGGCCUUAUUGACGUAGUUGCUUAUACCAGCUUUAUAUUGGAAAGGCAAUUGUUAGAAAAGGAGCGUAAUCAUUUCAAGUUGCUGGAAGAAAAAGCUAAGGCAAGUUAUGAGGAGCUGAUUAACGAAGAAGCUGCAGAGAGAAGUCAAAAAGCAAAGAAAAAGAAAAAGAAACAGCCAAAAGGUCAAAGAGAUUGCACAUUCAAACAUUGACAUCAACUCGUGGAACACCAAUGCCAAUUGAACUGUCAUGUUCUCCGACUUUGCAGAAUGUUUCGUCCUGAUGGCAAAACCAGAAUCUUCAUAGCCUGAAACAAGCCAUGGUGUUGAUGGCUUGAUGCAACUAGCUUGCAGGAUUUGUCUUUUCAAGGAUAUACUAUAUAUCUAGCUACCUUGCAUGUCAAUAAUAGAUGGUGAAAAGUUAUUUUUC